AUGUCCGACGAAGUAAACUCUCUCAUAAUCAAAGCGAAAAUCGCUGAACAAGCGGAACGAUAUGAUGAAAUGAAAGAAUUUAUGAAAUCAGUGGUUAAAAUACACAAGUAUCAAUUAAGCUUAGAAGAACGAAACUUAUUGUCUGUUGCAUUUAAGAACUCCGUAGGCUUUAGAAGAUCUUCGCUUCGCGUUAUAAACACUAUUGCUAAGCAACAACAAAAACGCAACCCAGAAAUGAACAUGGAUAUUAUUAACGAGUACGAAAAAACUGUCAUUAACGAACUUUCUGAAAUUUGCCACGAAAUAAUCAAUUUGUUAGACAACGAAAUACUUUCCGAUGACAGCAAACUAAACACCGAAGCAAAAGUCUUUUUCUGGAAAAUGAAGGCUGACUACUUUAGAUAUCUUGCUGAAUUCACUUCAGGCGAAGAACACACCAAGAGUUCAGAAGCUUCUGCCAAGGCGUACAAAGAGGCUACUGAACUAGCAGAAGAGCUUCCUACUACCAACCCGGUCAGGCUAGGUCUCGCUCUCAAUUAUUCCGUUUUCUACUACGAAAUAGCCAACAACCAAACUGAAGCAUGCCAAAUCGCCAAAAACGCAUUUGACAACGCUAUCAGCCAACUGGAAACAGUGCAAGACGACACUUACCGAGAUAGCACUCUCAUCAUGCAGUUACUUCGUGACAACCUCACGCUUUGGAGUAGCGAGCAAGACAGUAAGGUAGAGAAGUCCAGUCCAGAAUCAAAAAAAGACUAA